CGGGGACGUGAUUGUCGACAUCCAGGCGACGACAGCGGUUUUUGCGGAAGAUUUCACAGAGCCGAUCCAAAUUUUUGGGAUCCAGAUCUCGCGGCAACGGGGGGUCAAAUUGAAUUUGAUAGAUAUUAACCUUGGCUGUUCCUAGGUAUUUCAGGCGCCGCUCCGUUGCCAGUCGGACUUCUUCCUCCGUAAAUAGGGCCCGCCGCAUCGCGAGAAUAGAAGUGCAAGCAGAUAUCGAUAACGACAGAAGAAAAGUCAACGCCAUGGCAAAUAUAUAUAUGUCGAAUGGGUUCUCCACUGCGGUAGCGCUGCGGAGCCUCGCUGUCCUGCAUGCAUGGCUCCCGCAGCGACCCCCAAGCUCCCGCAGCAACCCUUUUCCAGACCAUCUUAAAACUGCGCUCUCGCUCGCAUGCAUUGUCUUUCAUUAUUGCUGUAUCUGCCCACUGGGUCUGGACGUUUAUAAUCUCCAUCAUGCAGCCUGUGAAGAACAAUCGGGCCACCCAAUACCUAGCGGAUGAAGUUCCUCUCCUCGAACAACCACCUGAUACUGAAGCAGCGGUGCCAUCACCACCUGAACUCAAAUACAAGCCCAAAGAAACUGGCUCAUCCAGCGCCCGCCCGGGCAAAAGACCCGCUACUCCCUCGCUCGCAGACUCGAGUCGUAAGAUCAUCCGGGGUCCGUCACGAGCCUUGGCUCUUCCGGUAACCAGCGGGUCGGGGAGCGGUGCGGCUUCAGAUCUAGUUAUACGAGCGGAGCCUCCAGGGGAUACUUUUAAGAAAUACUACGAAUGCGAUUUGGCUGGCACUGUUUCUGUAUGUGUCCGGCGUUCCGGCCGCCGUGUUGUAUUGGCAAUUCGUCAGUAUCCCUGCAGUGAUACCGACAGAAUCCUGGAGAUUCUCCGUUCCACACGCCAUCAAAAUGUGGUCUCUGUUUCGGAGUGUUUCCGCACCCCGGAUGCCCUGUACACUCUCAGCAAAUUCCACCCGCUCACCCUAGAUCAUAUCGUCGCCUGCAAAGCCUUCCCAGACCAGCAGCAGCUGGCUGCCAUUAUGUCCCAGUUUGUUGAUGGGCUAUCAUAUCUCGUCGCCCAAAAUCUCCAGCAUAGCUCCAUGGAUUGCUCCAGCAUCCUCAUGAGUCUUGAAGGGGAGAUCCAAAUCGCACGGAUUGAUUGCUUUGCCGUCCGACCGGCAGGUAGGGUCCGAGCGGAUGACUUGGUUCCCGUUGCACGGGUUAUGAUGCAACUGAUGCAGAAAUACGUUAAAGAUGACGGGGCCGUUGGGAUUGACAAUCUCGAUCGCUGGCGGAAUUGCUCAGCUGCUCUUGAGUUUCUCUCUGCGACGACGUCUGCGGGCUCAUUUGAGGAAUUGAAAAGUCAGCGUCUCUUGACUGAAAUCCGCUGGUCUCCUGGAGAUUUGAUUGGCCUGGCAUGGUUUGCUCUGAUAUCUGCGCGUACAUUCUACUCGUACGCGCCCCAACCGGAUGAGGAUGAAUAAGGCACGCACGUCGCUACAUGGUUGACGUAACGAUCUUGCAAAACAGGCAAAAGACAGUUAAUAUGAUUGAUUCAAAGUGAGUUUACGUGGCUGUGGUGAUCGUGGAUGAUUCUUGAUUUGGAAACCUGGAAACCUAGCUUUUAUAUGCUUUCGGGUCGCAGAGUCCGACCGCAGACAACUGUGAGACUGAGGCUGCUUAGCUCCAUAAUAUUCUCCAAAGGUCCAGUCCUACGUCUGGAUAUUAUUUACUUGUAUCCUAAUCUGACGAUUCGGACAUGAUUCACGAUAGUCUAUUGUCCUGCAGCGCAAUUGAAAACCGAAAAGCCAUCUGGAUU